GCGCACGCAUCAUCUCACGUUCAGAGGUUCAGACACAGACAGACAUCAUGGCGGACGUGUUGGACCUUCAUGAAGCGGGAGGAGAGGACUUUCCUAUGGACGAGGAUGAGAGCAUCCAUAAGUUAAAGGAGAAGGCCAAGAGGAGGAAAGGACGAGGCUUCGGCUCAGAGGAAGGUGCCAGGUCCAGAAUCAAAGAGGACUAUGAUACUGUUGAACAGGACGGGGACGAGCCAGGCCCUCAGAGAUCUGUGGAGGGCUGGAUCCUUUUUGUGACAGGUGUACACGAAGAGGCCACAGAGGAAGACAUCCAUGACAAGUUUUCAGAGUUUGGAGAAAUCAAGAACCUGCAUCUCAAUCUUGACCGCAGAACAGGCUACCUCAAGGGUUAUGCAUUGGUGGAGUAUGAGACGUACAAAGAAGCCCAGGCAGCCAUGGAAGGGCUCAACGGUCAAGACCUGAUGGGCCAACCUAUUAGUGUCGACUGGGGAUUCGUCAGAGGCCCCCCUAAGAACAAGAGGAGGACUGGUGGACGGAGACGCAGCAGAAGUCCAGACAGGAGGCGGCGUUGAGUUUGACAGUUAUCAGUGGCCAGAGGAGUUGCCUGUCACUUCCGACGGACACUUUAAAUACCUGUCAUCCUCUCAUAAGAAUCUAAUUCCUGUUUAGUUUUUUUGUACACUAUUUGUGGAUCUAUUUGUGCUAUUCCUUAUCCACUUGUUUUUUGUAAGAUGUUUAUGCUGUUUUACAAUUCAACAGAAAGAUAUCAACACAGCACAGUCAAAGUAGUUUUAACUUGUAGCUCAUACAUUUUGAUGCUUUUCUUGAUUCCCUUCAUUGUUGUUUCAGUUUGCUCAAUGUAACGUACAUUUUAUUGUGCGGAAAGUGUUUUGUUUGAUUACUUGGGUAAAUAUUAAACUUUUUUUAAAACUUCAA